UUUACCCCACCUGCGCUGCUGAGUUCAACUAACACGCUGACUCGCAGGAAUAAUAUUUCGAUAUGGGCGUCACUGAAAUUUGCGCCAGACAGUCAAGCAUCUCCCUUUUCAACGUCCUCCUCUCGCUACGUCGCUUUCUACUCGUCUCGCACAUUCUACUGCUCUGGACUCGCUGUCAUUGAAUAUCUGGUGAUUUUGCUGUGCUGAAAUCUCGCCAUCUGCGCUGUUUGACAACAACCUGCUUCUUCCUCCUCCUCUCCCCGUUUUACACUGAGAGCUCUACCGGUCAUCGCCAUGUCGACUACAGCCGGUGUAACGGAGGCCAUCACGACGGGGAACGUUGCGACGCUGUUCCCCGAUGUCGAUACUCAGUUUGGCGGCGCCAGCUCUGCUCGAGUGGGCGGAGAACUCGACGGCUACAACGAGGACCAGGUCAAGCUGAUGGACGAGAUGUGUAUCGUCGUGGACACUGAUGACAAGCCGAUUGCAUCUGGCAGCAAGAAGACAUGUACGUUGCGAUCUAUAUACAUGCAUAUAUCUGGGCUACAAAGGCUUGUCCGAUCUGCUGAACCAACUAACCCGCUGUCUUGUAUGUCCUACAUAGGCCAUCUGAUGACCAACAUCAGCCGUGGGCUGCUCCAUCGUGCAUUCUCCGUCUUCCUCUUCGACUCGCAGAACCGUCUUUUGCUCCAGCAGCGUGCCACGGAGAAGAUCACAUUCCCAGACCUAUGGACAAACACCUGCUGCUCUCAUCCCCUUGCCAUCCCGAGCGAGAUGGAGGCUAGUGGAGCAGGCCUUAACCAGGCUGUGAUGGGUGCCCGCACCGCUGCCAGGAGGAAACUAGACCAGGAGCUAGGGAUAAAGGAAGCCCAGGUUCCAGCGGAGAAGUUCGAGUUCCUUACUCGAAUUCACUAUCUUGCUCCCAGUGGUGACGAUGGGAAAUGGGGCGAACAUGAGGUUGACUACAUCCUUUUCAUCAAGGCAGACGUCGAACUGAACCCCAACCCCAACGAGGUCCGUGAUGUCAAGUAUGUCACUCCUGACGAGCUAAAGGCAAUGUUCAAGGACCCAAGUGCCAAGUUCACUCCAUGGUUCAAGCUCAUCUGCGACGACAAGCUGUUCGAGUGGUGGGAGAACUUUGGAUCUGACUCUUUCAGGAAGUACACCAACGACAAGAAGAUAUGUAGAAUGUAGUUAGGGACGCAUAUAUUGACUGGUUGCUGAAUAAUGUUCGGGUUAUUAAUUUAAAAGAACUGAUUGAUGGAUAUGAAAUGUAUGCUCUGUCAGGCCUCAACGUCAUAGCGA